CAUAAAGAGGCAUGUCAGGUAGAUCGGUCUCAUCAAAUCCACUGCCCCCUCCAAGGUGCAGAGACGUCGAGAGAAACACGCGAUAUGAUUUGGACAAUUAUUUUCCUAAUCCAGGCUUUGCUUGUCUACCUCGUACUUUCGAAACGCUCGAGGUUGAGCAGGGAGCCCCCUUUAGACAAAGGUGUGAUCCCCUGGCUGGGACACGCUCUGGAGUUUGGGAAAGACGCUGCAAAGUUCCUGACCCGUAUGAAGAUGAAACAUGGGGACAUAUUCACGGUGCGUGUCGCUGGCCAGUACGUGACAGUGCUGCUGGACCCUCACUCUUACGACGAGGUGCUUCAGGAUACCAAGUGUCUGGACUUCUCCCGCUACGCCCAGGUCCUCAUGGAGCGGAUCUUCAGCCUGAGACUGCCCCACUACAACCCUGCCAAGGACAGAGCCAUGAUGGGCCAGCACUUCCGAGGAAAGAGCCUGACCCUGCUGAACGGCACCAUGCAGAGACACCUGCAGGCCCUGCUGUUAGCGGACACACCUCCUAAGCCGACCGACUGGAAAACUGACGGGCUGUUUAACUUCUCUUACAGCCUUCUCUUCAGGGCAGGUUAUCUAACUCUGUUUGGCGGGGAGCUGAACAACAACAGCGUUGACCCUUCCAGAGUCUACAAGGAGUUCCGCAACUUUGACCGACUCCUGACUAAAAUGGCCAGGAACACCCUUAAACCAGAGGAGAAGAGGACAGCCCAAGACCUUCGCAGCAGACUGUGGGAGCUGUUAGCCCCCGCAGGCCUGGCUCCAGAGGGCCAGGCUCCAGCUCCCGGCUCCAGCGCCUGGCUCCACGGCUACAGGCAGCAGCUUCAGCAGGCGGGGGCUGAUGAGGACACCCAGAGGAGGGCCACGUUGCUGCAGCUCUGGGCCACACAGGGUAACGUCGGCCCCGCCGCAUUCUGGCUCCUGGGCUUCCUGCUCAGCCACCCCGAGGCCCUGGGGGCGGUGAGGAGAGAGCUGGAGAGCCUGGCUCCCCUGAGGCAGAGCACGGCUCAACAGCCCCCUCUGGUGGACCGUCUGCAGAACACCCCUGUGUUUGACAGCGCCCUGGAGGAGGCUCUGCGGCUCACCGCCGCCCCCUUCAUCACCAGGGAGGUACUGCAGGGGAAGGCUCUGAGGAUGGCAGACGGCCAGGAGUUCCAGAUCAGGAGGGGAGACCGGGUGAUGCUGUUCCCCUUAAUCAGCCCUCAGAUGGACCCAGAGGUGCACCAGGAACCCCAGAAAUACAAGUAUGACCGCUUCCUGAACGCCGACGGCUCGGAGAAGACGGACUUCUCUAAAGGAGGCCGGCCGCUCAAGUACUACAGCAUGCCGUGGGGAGCGGGCGCCAACGGCUGCGUGGGCAAGCGCUUCGCCAUCAGCGCCAUCCGACAGUGCGUGCGGCCUCCGUUUACCUACUUGGUGUUGGCUCACUACGACCUGGAGCUGUGUGACCCAGAGGCCCAGCUGCCCAAGGCGGACGCGGGGCGCAACGGCUUCGGCAUGCUGCAGCCAGACGGAGACGUCCCCAUCAGAUACAGACUCAAAACAUUUUCAUAGUGGACUUUGAAACACUGACUUGACAUUUCAUUCACCGUUUUUAUGAACCAUACACCUGUUUUAUCAAAUUGUGUAGAUGUGUAUCUAUUUUUGCUAUCACUCAAAUGUACAGUAAAAUAAUAUUUAACUAUUUAACGUGAAAUAUAAAAUUGUAUAUUGGAGCUGCC